AUGGAUCUCGCAUACGACCACAUAGCCGAAGAAUCUUUCCCCAAGGACAGUAACGCCAAUAAUUCCAAUGACAACAACCAGAAUGCAGAAUCCUCCUCCCGCAAGCAACCCGAGAAUUCAUUAAACGAAGACCUUCAAGAAGCGUAUCGUGCAUUCUCUAGCAGUAGCUGGGGCACCUGGCUCGGUGGAACUGUUGGCAAUGUCAUUAAGCAGGGCGAAUCUGUAUACAGAGAGGCACAGCAAGAAGUCACUUUGCUAAGUGCAGACGCUACAAGAGGUCUUGCGAGCCUUCGCGCAAGAGCUAUCUCCUUGACCACCCCACCCAUUGUCACAGAUCAGCCCCAGCACUCUGGCGACAGGGAGAAGGAUGCCGAAACCACCCCGACAGCAGCCAAGGCCGGUAGCUCUGACGAAGCGACUAAGGAGUCCGAAACGGUUAUAUCACGAUUGAAGGCGGAGGCCGCAAAACGACUAAAGGAUAUUCAACGUGCCGAGGAAGCUGCCGAUGACGCUCUCUUGAAGUUUGGUGGGAACGUUCGAAAUUUCUUCCGUGAUGCUAUCAUCGUAAAGCCUGCCGCCGACAACGAGGACAGCGAUGCUCGCCGUUUUGAAAGCAAGGAUGAUUCCGGCAAGCGAGUUAUUCAUACGUCGAGAUACGAUGCCCAAAUUCACGUUCUUCACACAACUGAGAAGAGCUUUACCGAAGACCCAGCGAGUGCCGAGUAUGUUACAUGGUCAGAGACGUUCGACUUAGAUGGUAAGACAGAGAGCAUCAGUACCGAUUUGGCCAAGUAUCCGGAAUUGCGGGUGAGCAUGGAAAGACUUGUUCCUGACAAGGUGCCCUACGCCGAUUUCUGGCAACGAUACUACUUCCUCCGACACAGCAUAGAGACUUCCGAAGCACGACGACGAGAUCUAUUAAAGGCCGCAUCUGCCGAAGAAGAGAUCGGAUGGGGAGAGGAAUCUGAUGAGGAAGAGUCUUCUGAAGAGGAGGAAGAGGAAGAAGAGUCUGAUGAUGAGGAGGAAGAUACUACGCCAUCCAAGUCGAUAGCUAGACCUGCGAGGCCAGCCUCUACCGAAUCCUCCACCACCAUCCAUCCGCCCAAGGCUGCCGCAGCCGACAAAAGUCAGCCGAAGCCAGCCGAGCCGCGCAAGUCAAAUGACGAGAAGUCGCAACCCGACAGUGACACCAGCUACGACGUUGUUGGUGCAGCAUCUGGAAACCCGAGCCAGGCACCCAGCAGCCCCAAGGAGUCUCGGAAGGUGGAGGACAGCGAUAGUGAUAGCGAGGAUGACGAAUGGGAGUGA